GCACUACUCAAAAGUAAUACAUUACACUUUGUGCCUGCACGCGUAGGACAAUGCACGGCUGUGCUCCUACGAAGUCACAUUUCUUUCAAAGGAAUGCCUCCAACUAAUCCUUUCAAUAAUCUUAAAGACUUAUUGUUGUUCUCGGCUGAGAACCAUGAUUGUACCUCUGAGGAAAUUCCAGAGGAACGUCCCUUUAUGGGUAUUGUCCCAGAAACAGAUUUACCACCGUCACAUGUUGUAAUUUUCUCUGACGGUUCACAGACAGAAACACAUACGGGCUUUGCCGUGUGUCAGAUAGAUCCUGACACCAAAGAAAUUAUACAGAAAAAACAAUAUGCAUUACCACCAGAUACAUCAGCCCAAUUAGCAGAGAUAGCCGCCGCCUUAGAAGGUUUCUGGCUCAUGAAUGACAAAAACGGAGUUCUGUAUACAGAUUCAGCUUACGUCACUACCACCAUACAUACAAAUGCAUCUAAAUGGCACAAGAGAGGUUUUGUUACAGGAAAAGGAACUCCACUACAACAUCAUGACACGAUUCUUGCUAUAAUGGAAGUACUACAGGAAAGACACAACAAAGGUUUAAAAACAUCCUGUGAAUGGGUAAAAGCACACCAACAUAAUGUCACAGAUAUUGUCGCAUACGGCAAUCAGAUAGUUGACGAACUAGCAAAACAAACCACAAACCCACUAACCAUUUUUGUACAAACACGAGCUAAGAAAUAUCUUUCCACUUCUAACCCUUUUGCACCCAUCAGAGUAAUGCAAGAAAGCGCCACUAGUGCAGAAACAGACAAAUGGGUGGCUAAUGAAUGCUCUCAUUACUAUCACAAUAACGAGCCUCCAUAUAUUUGGAUGCACCCUUCAGGUGUACCAGCAUUACCCAUAGGUGAGUGCCACCUAUUGGCCCACCAGUUACACUACGGGUCACAUAUGCCAACAAAUGACUUGAUCAAUACUAUAAGGGAAAUGUACUGGUGCCCAGAUUUAAAAGAUAUUUGUAAAGCUGUGGUCAAUACUUGUAAUGUUUGUUUUACCAACACCAGUCAUCAAACUCCAAGGAUUCCUCCUGGAGCGAUUCCAAGGCCUGCUGGCCCCUUCAGAGAAUGGCAUAUCGAUUUCACGGACAUGGUAACUCCUUGCAAAGGAUACAGGUCGGAGAUCUAGUCUACAAGAGAAAUUUUACUCGUAGCCGUUGGGACCAACCUAUAUAUUCCGGUCCUUUUAAAAUACAACAGCUCUCCCCCACUGCCGUAUUACUUGAAAACCACGGGACAUGGA